CACCCUGCGUUUUUCCCGGUGCUUGGCAACUGUGCAAGAAAGCCGACUGGCAGCCCUGGAGCCCAGAAACCGGAGAUCUCUGUUGGAGCGAAGGGGGGAUUGCUUGAUUGGUUAAGCGCAACAUCCCUGCCUAACUUUCCUCUCGCUGGGAUCACUUAACUGCCAAGAUGCUGGAGGAGGAUAUGGAAGUGGCUAUAAAAGUGGUGGUAGUAGGAAAUGGUGCUGUUGGGAAAUCGAGCAUGAUUCAGAGGUAUUGCAAGGGAAUAUUUACCAAGGAUUACAAGAAAACCAUUGGUGUGGACUUCUUGGAAAGACAAAUUCAGUUGAAUGAUGAAGAUGUACGUUUAAUGUUAUGGGACACGGCAGGCCAGGAAGAGUUUGAUGCAAUAACUAAAGCUUACUAUCGAGGUGCCCAGGCUUGUGUACUUGUAUUUUCAACCACAGACCGGGAAUCAUUUGAAACUAUUCCCAGCUGGAGAGAGAAGGUGGUGGCUGAAGUUGGUGAUAUACCCACAGUUCUUGUCCAGAAUAAAAUUGACCUUCUUGAUGAAACUGUUAUUAAAAAUGAAGAAGCAGAGGCUUUGGCAAAAAGGUUAAAAUUGAGAUUUUACAGAACAUCUGUAAAAGAAGACUUAAAUGUUACAGAAGUCUUCAAAUACUUGGCAGACAAAUACCUUCAAAGGCUAAAGCGCCAAACUGCAGAAGACAAUGAAGUUGUGCAUACAACCAGCAACAAAAUUGGAGUCUUUAACACAGCUGGGGGCAGCCAUUCUGGACAGAAGACAAACGGCCUUAAUGGUAGUGGAGAUGUUAUCAAUCUGAGGCCAAACAAACAGAGGACCAAGAAAACUAAAAGCCCUUUCACCAACUGCAACUUAAUUUAAAACUGUUUUUAUCAUAACAAAAAAAGACUACAUGUUGGGGACUCGAGUGCAAUCAUAUGAAGAACAUCUUGGGCCACCAGCAGUCAUAGAGACAGUCCUAGAGGCACCAGCAGUCUUGUAACUGAAGAUCAAUAGCUAAUACUAAGAACUGCUUUUGGAAAAUAACAUAACAAAAACAUGGUGGGGUUACCCAGCUGGGAAUAGAGGUAUCAUCACUAUGUUUCUGAGAUCAAUUUUUAUGCUGCAAAAUAGGAUUCUUACAGGUAACUGAAUGUAAGAUUCUGUACACAGAAAAACACUAUUUGUAGAAUAAUAUAAGUAAGCACACUGACGCCCAACAUUCCCCUAUGUGGUAAGGAUAGCAGGGUGGCCGUAUAGCCCUGUGGUACCUGUUAUCCUCCUUAGUACCCCACGCUGCUCCUUAGAUGUAAGUGUGCACUGGCUUGUUGGCUGCAUGUCUACAGUUCACUGGGACUGGAAGAUUACCCACACCGCACUUUAUAUCUGCUAGCCAAGCAGCAACACAUUAGCUCCUUGUGUUCUUACUGGUCAGUAUAAGUAUAACUCGCAGGAUUCCUCAUAUUGUUAUAGUAUUACAGCUUAAAUAUGAGUGUGCUUCAAGUCUGUCAGUAUAACAGAACGCAAGAGCCUAGGGCUUAGCCUGGUUAAUUCAUCAAGAUUCCUUAAGGGCAAGGAACUGACAUAAGCUUAUCUAAUAUCCCCUUAGCUCCCCCCUUCACACAUUGUUUUGUCUCACUCUUUUGAGUACCACCAGCAACCAUAAUAACUUAAGUCUGCCACUACUCAAACCCUGUAUUAGUGCAUAGAAGAAUUACGGAUUUCUUUGCGGUUAAUAGACUAUGAAGCAGUGUGCAGCUAUUGUGUGACUGGGGGAUAAGAAGUUCAUGUGCAUGGUGCCAAAAAAUAUUCUAUGCCUUGACACUAAGCUGCUAUUCAAAUGGUUUUUAACCUACCUAUUUUUGAUGGUUUUGCUUUGUUCAUUUCCAUGCGUAAAGGUUGUAUUUUCUUCCCCACUGUGCCCACUCCACAGCCAUAACUACUGUGGCAAGAUCUUGUAGCCUUUGUAUAAAGCAAAAGUCUUGAAUUCACUUGUCCAGCUGUCCAUAUUGUGCUGUUUUGAUGGGCCGGUAAUUAUUUUUUUUAAAUUAGACAAUCCGUUUCAUUUAAGCAACAACCCAGGUUACACAAACCCAAAAAUGCAGACUUAUCAUGUUGUUUAAUUUUAUGUCUACAGAAUUGUCUGUUUUCAUACCUGUUUAUUAGGCAGGUUCUGCAUUAUAUAUCUGACAUCCUCCCAUUAUAUAAGUCAUCGCUAAAGGAGAGCUAAAGCUUAAUAAAUCAGUAGGGUAGAAAUGCUAUACUGUUUGUUGUGGGCUUCUGUACCAGCCCAAGGCAACCACAGCCUUUAGCAGGGAGGAUCUGUGCCUUUGAAGAUGCCCCAGUAGCUCCCCAUCUUCUUUUCUGCUGAUUCACUGCACAUGCUCUGUGCUGCUGUCAGUUACUGAGCUUAGGGACUGACUGAGUGUCACUGACAUUCCUAACAAAAAGAUGGGGAUCUCCUGUGCAUAGCUGUAAAGACCUGGGUCAUUGAAUGUUGAAACUUUCGGUUGGUGCAAUAAUUUCAGUAUAUAAAAUACAGCAUUUUACCCAUAUUUGUUUUUAGGGUUUAGUUUUCCUUUUUCCUUGAACACAUCCAAACGCAUUAUCUGUUUUGAAAAGGACAAGUAUCCACUGUGAUCUAAGACACAGAAGGAAUUAACUGCAGCUUCUCCAGCAAUUAUUACUCUCCAAUCAAUCAAUCAAUCAAUCAAGUCCAGGAAAUCUAUACACGUUAUGUCUGAAAGGUACAAUAUGCUUUCCGAAGAGCAUUUUACAUUUAUUAUGUGUCCCUGUUACUGGAAACUGUCUUCAGUGCACAAAUUAAAUGAAAUAUUCAUGAAUACUCAUCCCAUUGCCCAAGCCUCCCAGUCUGUGCUAUCACUAAUGCGGCAGUGCAUUGUCAUGUAAUGGAAAGUUUUUCCCUUGCUUUUUCAUCUGGACCCUUUCCUAAAAAAAAAAAAAAAUAAAUUAAAAGAUUGACAACGAAGAUGCCUUCUGAGCUUGUAUGGUAAUGCAGGAGUGGUAUGGCAUGCAACUGGGGAUUCCCCUCCGAGUACUACAUGGAUCACAAUAGCAGAUCAUUGUAGACAUUUACAGUUUCUCUUACAGCUCAUUAGGCUUCAACCUGCCAUCAAUAUUUUAGUACAAAACAUACAAACAUCAGGUUUCCUAAACAUAAUUUGUACAAAAGAACUUGUAGUAAAUGAUGGAAACAGAAUUAUGAGCUAUAUGUGCAGAUAUUAAAUGCCUAAGGCAAGACAAACCUCAACUCAGGUGCACUUUAAUUACAAAAUUCCAUAAAGAAUGUUUAGUUCAUCUUGCAUGUAUAUAUGUAGAAAACCUAUUUAAUAUACACAACUGGGGUGAACUGCAAUGCACAUGUGCAGUCAGUGCUGAUGGAUGACUUGUGACAACAAGAGAGUCUUGCUUUACUGUUCAGUAUGGAGGCUUAAUAGGAUCAAAAGCCAGUUACAUGUAUGGACUGAAAGUUGUUAUUGUCUUACUGUAAAUAAACAAAUUUGAUUUA